AUGCCUCAAGAUCCAUCAAUCAAAUAUCACCUAGAGGCGAGGGUCCCUGAAGAGGAUGGUGCCGCUGGUAGUGAGAUUGGUAAUGAUAGUGGGGGUGGAAGGCCUCCUGGUCAAGAACACGGUGAUGGCAUGACUCCACAGAUCCCUCCCGCCCAAUACCAAACAGUAGAAAACUACGGCUGCCAUUCCUUGACCGAGUAUGCUUGGAUGCCGGAGGAAAUAGAUGGCGUGGUAAAGUCGCCCGGCUGCGCGAAAACCGGCAAGAUGCUUAAUGAUUGGCCAAUGCCCAACCCUGACGGCAAAUGGUACGACGAGUGGGCGACAGAUUUCGACGAUAGCUCAGACUGCAAUCUCUAUCUUGCCUGGGCACAAGGUGACAAUUACUGGAUCGCCUUUGCGCGUGACGCAUCAAACCACCCCAUGGGCGGGAUUGCCCCACAAAACCGCAGUGCGCUCAACCCGCCCGGAGUCUUCAGUCUCGGAACAGGCGGAUGGACAAUGACAGUAACGGAGGCGACAAGCGACUUUUCAGUGAUAUCUCCACCUGACAAUUCGGGCUUGAGCUUUGUCUGGGCACAUUCAGGCGGGGGAGAUGGUGAAGUCGCAUGGGCGAGCAAUUAUGCUUUUGAUGACUCGAACGAUGGGAAUCAGGGUGGGUGUGAGUAUUCCGUGGAUCCAACUAAGCCGCAGAAAAGCCAGGGUGGUAUGGUGGGUAUGAGGUACUGGCAGUGCCCGUUUCUGUGUAGGGUUGCACAUAAGUAG